UGGCUAAAGGGGGUUCGGAUGAACUCCUUCCGCCUCUCUAGCUCUGCCCUGGGGCAGGGUCGUGAAGUGUAAGUUUUGUGCAUUGUAGGUGUAUAAAAACAAAUACACCCUCAGGCUUAACAUGCAUUAACAUGUAUGUGUUCAUAAUAAGCAUGAUCGUAUAAUGUACAAUAACAAUAUAUACUCAGUGUAGUUCCACAAGUGGGGUCUGGGCAGUGUAGAGUCUACGCAGACCUUACCCCUACCUUGGGAGGUAGAGUGGUUGUUUCCUAUAGACCCUCAGCUCAAGAAAAAGUAUGUCAAAGCUGAUACUAUAGAAAACAUGACAGAAAAAAAAACUACAAUAAAAUAGUGCGGUAAUCGACUACUGGUAAUGAUUGGAUAGUGUAAAAAAUUAUUUCACUGUAUUUAACUUUAAACCAGUUUCUUUACAAUGCAACUUUCUGUUCUUUCUUUAAGGCUCAUAAUUGCAGUUUUACUUUAACUGCAAUAAAAACAAAAACCACACCUUGCCUCUUUUUAUUUCACAUUUUAUUCUUGCCCCAUACUAACACUUCCCAUGCUCCUUUGCAUUUAUUCCUCAUUUUCACUUACUUUAUACAUAUCAUAAAUUGAGACCUUUUACUAUCACUUUAUACAUAUGAUUUGUGAAUGACCAUUUUUUUUUUUAGAGAAAUGAGUUUCCAUCUUGGUACCACCAUUGUUCUUACUUUAUCUGUCUCAUUUUUUGUACUACUAUUAGGCUUGUUCAUCAAUUAUCAGUUCAGGAAGAUUGUUAUCUAUGAAGAUUUCUACUUGCCUCAUCAAUCACCAAUUUACAAUCUCUCCAUCUCUACACAUCUUGUUUGUAACUCUUCUUCGUCUCAUUCUAGUUCCAAUAGGACCAUGGAGGAGUUGAAUGAUGUUUGGCACUCGAUGAACGAUGAAGAACUUAUGUGGAGAGCUUCAAUGGUACCUCAAAUAGAGAAGUACCCGUUUAAUCGAAUCCCAAGAGUGGCAUUCUUGUUCUUAACAAGGGGUAGAUUGCCAUUGGCACCUCUUUGGGAGAUGUUCUUUAAAGGACACGAAGGGCUGUUUUCAAUAUACAUUCAUACUUCACCAGAUUUCAACUAUGAACCUCCUCCAUCAUCUGUGUUUUAUAAAAGAAGGAUACCUAGCCAGGCAGUGCAAUGGGGAAGAUCAACCAUGAUUGAUGCAGAGAGAAGACUUUUAGCAAAUGCACUUUUAGACAUUUCCAAUGAAAGAUUCAUAUUACUCUCUGAAUCAUGCAUUCCUUUCUUCAAUUUCACUACUAUCUACACUUACCUCAUAAAUUCCGACCAAAGUUUCCUCGGAUCAUUUGACGAUCCGAGGAAAAUAGGUCGUGGUAGGUACAACAAACGUAUGUACCCAAACAUAACACUUUACGAUUGGAGAAAAGGCUCACAAUGGUUCGAAGUACAUCGCGAACUUGCAGUGAAAAUAGUCUCUGAUGUGAUGUAUUACCCUGUUUUUAAGAACUAUUGUGUGCCACCAUGUUACAUGGAUGAACAUUACUUGCCUACAUUGGUGAAUAAAGUUUGUCCGAGAUUAACUUCGAAUCGGAGCAUUACGUGGGCUGAUUGGUCAGCUGGUGGCUCACACCCGAUGACAUUUUUGAAGAAAGAUGUGACAGAGGAGUUUUUGAAGAGUGUUGGGAGUGAGUUGAAUUGUAGUUAUAAUGGAAAGAUGAGUUCAAUAUGUUUUCUUUUUGGGAGGAAAUUUCAUCCUAGUACUUUGCAACCUUUACUUAGGAUUGCACCAAAAUUGCUUGGUUUUGGUUGAC